CGGUUCCAAAAUUCCUAAUCCCCCCUUUAACAUGCCGUAAAGAAAACAAAACGCGAUAUUCUUUACCCGAACAAAUUAAAUUUGACCUUAUUAGUUUCUAUUUUAAUCGAGACCUAAAACAUCAAACCCGAUAACUUUAUAUCACUCCGAGCUUUGGUAUGGUAAAGUUGACAUUGACUGCAGCAGUGAACUUGAUUUUGAAAAUGGUAAAAGAUAACACUAGUUUCGAAAUCAGCGGCCCGCCGCCUCACGAGGCUCUAAAGAAUGAGACUUUGGGGCAAGCUUUUUUAAAAGUUUUGUUGGAAAAUCCGUAUGGACACAAAAUUAUGAUUGACUCACACACUGGUAAAGAACUCACAAGCCAAAAGCUGCUGGAGGAGUCAUGUCAACUUGCCGAAGCAUUAAGAGCCUAUGGUUGUACUUCAAACACAGCUAUCUGUAUAGGAAGCGAGAAUAAUCUCGAGUUCUUUGUACCGAUUAUGGCUUCUAUUUUUGCAGGCACAAUUAUGGCACCACUUAAUGUAAAUUACACAGACCAGGAACUGAAGCACACGCUAAAUAUAACCAAACCAAUAUUGGCUUUUUGCUCAAAACGUGUAACAAAAAGGUACCUAGCACUACAACGCGAUAUGAAAUUUAUCGAAAAAAUUAUCGUUAUAGACAGUGACGAAGAAAUCGAAGGAACUGAAACCAUGAAAUCAUUUAUAAAACGACUUCUCAAAGGAAAACUGGUCUCUCCUCAAAAGUUUAUUCCUUUUGAUGGUGACCCAAAAGAGAACGUAGCCUUCGUAUUAUGUUCUUCUGGCACUACUGGUCUUCCUAAAGGAGUAAUGUUGACACAUUUUAAUGUAGUUACACGAUUAUUACAGUCCAGAUAUCCAGAUUACUUAUCACAUCAUUCCAUAGUGCUUGGACUAAUGCCCUUCUUUCACUCAUACGGAUUAUUUUUCGGCCUGACGUCAUUCUUUAACAGACAUCUCACAAUUAUGAUGGAUAAGUUUUCGGAAGACUCGUUUUUGAAAGCACUUCAAGACUACAAAGUAUCAGUUGUAAGACUGGCUCCACCCUUAGCGAUUUUCUUGGCAAAAAGUCCUAAAGUAAACAAAUACGACUUGUCCUCUGUCGCAGAAAUAUUCUCAGCAGGAGCUCCUUUAAGUGGAAAAACAGAAGUCAAACUUAAGCAGAGGUUAAACCUUAAAGCAAUUCAUCAAGCUUAUGGAUGCACUGAAGGAACCUUGGCGCUAACUAUCAUGAAUAAGGAUGUCUACAGGCCGGGAUCCUGUGGUAAAGUUAUCACAUACAUGAAAUGCAUCGUUCGAGAUCCCGAAACAGGCAAAUCUCUGGGCCCCCAUCAAGUAGGAGAACUCUGUUAUAAAGGACCAACAGUUAUGAAAGGCUACUACAGAAAUCCUGAGGCUACUAGGAACUCUUUCACAGAUGACGGGUGGCUAAGAACUGGUGAUCUUGGGUAUUAUGAUGAUGAACAGUAUUUUUAUGUGGUAGACAGAUUGAAGGAAUUAAUAAAAUAUAAUGGAUAUCAGGUAGCACCAGCAGAAUUAGAAGCUAUCCUAGUUAACCAUCCAAAAGUAUUUGAAGCUGGAGUAGUAGGUCUUCCAGACGAAAGAGCUGGUGAAUUACCAUUAGCUUUUGUUGUAAAGAAAGAAGGUCAGAUUGUAUCAGAAAAAGAACUUCAAGAUUAUGUAGCAGAAAAAGUAUCGUCGCAGAAAAAACUAAGAGGCGGAGUUAUCUUUGUACCUUCAAUACCCAAAAAUCCUAGCGGCAAAAUUUUAAGAAAAGACUUGAAGAAAUUAGUAUUUAACUAUCGAAGUAGGGUUCCGUCCAAGUUGUAAAAAUAUUUUAGAAUAACUGAAGCCUAAUCUCUUGUUCCUCUCUAGCAGCGGUACCUACGAUAUUUUAUCUUGAUUUAAUUUUGUUCCACUACAACUAUUUAUUUAUAUUUGUAUAGUGACAAAUGAGUGUAAAUUGUAUGUAAAACUAUUAAAUCAUUGAAAUAGAGCACCUAUACGAAACAUUUAAAACAACUUGUGCUCAAUAAGAAUUUUACAAAAGUAUUUAAUACAUGAAGCACCAGGCUAAGAUCCAUGAGAAAUAAAACACCUUGAUACACAAUUUGAAAACUAUUUUUCUCGUUUUUAUUUUUUUGAAUAUUUAAAUAUGUUUAAAAUAGAUCAUUUUAAAUAAUUUUUACAUUGUAAAUCUUAAAUUGUAAUAUAUUUAAAACUACUUAAUAAAAUAUUUAAAAC